AUGAAACUUCACAUCUCGCUACCGGCUAUCUUAGUCUCUAUACUAGGCCUUGUCGCCGCCGACAAAACCGUGCGAACAAGCCCUGAUCGAGGCGCUCUGGUCGUGGACGCAUCAGGCGCAUACACCAACAGCUACCGCACCAUCAGUGCUGCCGUAGCAGCCCUUCGCGACACGACCGAUGCCCAAAAGAUAUUCAUCUUCCCCGGUACCUACACCGAGCAGGUAUACAUCGAUAAGCAUAAAGGCCCCAUCACCAUCCAGGGCUACACGCCAGAUGCCAGGGACUACAAGAAUAACAAAGUCACCUUGACCUACAACCUCUCGCGCCUAACCCCCGGGCUGGCCAACAACGAUCUGACAGCAACCCUUCGCCUCUGGACGCAGAACAUCAAAAUCUACAAUCUCAACGUCGCCAAUACAGCCGGUAAAGGGGCACAAGCUCUCGCGCUCAGCGCCCAGAAAACCGACCAGGGCUUCUACGGCUGCAAGUUCACGGGGUACCAGGACACCAUUUACGCGAACCAAGGCCGCCAGAUCUACGCGAAAUCGUAUGUCGAUGGAGCGGUCGACUUCAUCUUUGGGCUCUGGGCAGUCGCGUGGUUCCACAAAGUCGACAUUGUGACUACAGAUGUUGGCUUCAUUACUGCCAACGGACGCGCAAGUGCAGACGGCCCGAGCUUCUACGUUUUCAACCAAGUCAGUGUCACGGGCACCAGUGGGCCCGGCAGCACUGUUCUAGGACGCCCCUGGCGCCCGUACAGCAGAGUCAUGUUCCAGAACAGCUAUCUGGGCGACGUGGUGAAGCCGACUGGGUGGGAGAAAUGGGACUCGGUGCAGAGUCUGGAUAACAUUGCGUAUCAGGAGUACAAGAACUCUGGACCUGGCGCCGGUACGUCGAACCGGGUGCCGUGGAGUUCGCAGGCUAGUGCUGCAAUCAAGGCGUCGGAUCUGUUUGGCUCCAAGUAUGAGAAGGAGAGUUGGGUGGAUAUGGACUACUUGUAGAUAGAUUGGUCAUGUUGCAUUGCUCGUGGGUUCCUGGGAAGCUAGUGAUUGAUCCUGGUAUCAACUUCCCACCGGCUGCUUUAUGUAUACUGC